AAUUCAAUGACCGAAUUGAAUGAGGCUAAAAUAAUGAAUUCUCACUCUUUCAAUUAUAUCAAGAAUUAAGAAGCCAAGAAGAAUGAUGUGGCCGAAGAGUAGAAUCUGCAAACUACACAGAAACGAGGACAACCCAAAAUUAAUAUUAAUCGUUUGCCUCCAGCCUUUGCAAACUCAAACAAAGUAAUCCUAUUCCACUAGAUAUCAUGUAGAGAAAGCAAGUAGAACCCUUGAUAAUUAAAAGGGAAUAGAAACAAUAAGUACGACAAAAUAUCCACAACAUCGAGGCUAUGCAAGAGUACAAAUAGGUGAGCCAGAUGCUAAGUCCCCUGAAGGCAUUAAUUAUUCAUCAAAUUCUAGCGUGAGAACAACAAUCAUUUG